GUCUCAAGAUGGCGGCCAAUGUGGGAUCGAUGGCUCAAUAUUGGAAGCGCUUUGAUUUGCAGCAGCUGCAGAGAGAGCUCGACGCCACAGCAACGGUGUUGGCCAACCGACAAGAUGAAAGUGAGCAGUCUCGAAAGAGGCUCAUCGAGCAAAGUCGAGAGUUCAAGAAGAACACUCCAGAGGAUUUGCGCAAGCUCGUAGCUCCGUUGCUGAAGAGUUUCCAGGGAGAGAUUGAUGCACUGAGUAAAAGAAGCAAAGAAGCAGAGGCUGCCUUCUUGAAUGUCUAUAAGAGAUUAAUUGACGUUCCAGAUCCGGUCCCAGCCCUGGAUCUCGGACAGCAACUGCAGCUCAAGGUUCAGCGCAUGCACGAUAUUGAGACCGAGAACCAGAAACUUAGGGAAACUCUCGAGGAAUACAACAAGGAGUUUGCAGAGGUGAAGAAUCAAGAGGUUACGAUAAAAGCACUUAAAGAGAAGAUCCGAGACUAUGAACAGACGCUGAAGAGCCAAGCCGAGAACAUAGCUCUCGAAAAGGAACAGAAGUUACAAAAUGACUUUGCAGAGAAAGAGAGAAAGUUGCAAGAGACUCAGAUGUCUACCGCCUCAAAGCUGGAAGAAGCUGAGCAUAAAGUGCAGACUCUGCAAACAGCCCUGGAAAAAACUCGAACAGAACUAUUUGACCUGAAAACCAAAUACGAUGAAGAAGCUACUGCCAAGGCUGACGAAAUUGAAAUGAUCAUGACGGACCUAGAAAGAGCAAAUCAGAGGGCAGAGGUGGCUCAGAGAGAGGCAGAGGCCUUAAGAGAGCAGCUUUUUUCGGCGAACAAAUCUCUCCAGCUGGCUACCCAGAUCCAGAAGGCACCUGACGUGGAGCAGGCCAUCGAGGUGCUGACCCGCUCCAGCCUGGAAGUGGAGCUGGCCGCUAAGGAGCGGGAGAUCGCCCAGCUCGUGGAGGACGUGCAGAGACUUCAGGCCAGUCUGACCAAGCUAAGGGAGAACUCGGCCAGCCAGAUAGCCCAGUUGGAGCAGCAGCUGACGGCCAGGAACAGCACCCUCAAACAACUGGAAGAAAAGCUGAAAGGACAGGCUGACUAUGAAGAGGUGAAGAAAGAACUGAACAUCCUGAAGUCCAUGGAGUUCACACCGUCCGAAGGAGCGGGAUCGCAGGAUGCGUCGAAAUCCCUGGAGGUGCUGCUGCUGGAGAAGAACCGCUCCCUGCAGUCAGAGAACGCCGCACUGCGCAUGUCUAAUAGUGACCUGAGCGGGUCAGCCAGGAGAAAAGGGAAAGACCAGCCUGAGAGUCAGCGUCCUGGAACUUUGUCGGCCUCCCCUCCCUCUCAGUUGCCCCGCAACACGGAGGAGCCGGCUACCAAUACUAACGGUACCCACCAGUUCUCACCAACGGGUUUAAGUCAAGACUUUUUCAGCUCGUCCCUGGCAAGCCCCAGCCUCCCCCUGGCCUCCACGGGAAAAUUUGCACUAAACUCUCUCCUCCAGCGACAGCUAAUACAGUCCUUCUACUCCAAGGCCAUCCAGGAAGCAGGAAGCACAAGCCUGAUUUUCCCAACAGGUCCUUACAGCACAAACUCCAUCUCUUCCCCAAGCCCGUUACAGCCGAGCCCGGACGUUAACGGCCUGGCCCCGUCGCCCAGCCAGUCCGAGGGCGCCGGCAGCGUCUCCGAGGGCGAGGAGAUGGACACGGCCGAGAUUGCCCGGCAGGUGAAAGAACAGUUGAUCAAGCACAAUAUCGGCCAGCGGAUAUUCGGACAUUACGUCCUGGGACUGUCGCAGGGAUCCGUGAGCGAGAUCCUGGCCCGGCCCAAGCCGUGGAAUAAGCUGACCGUCCGGGGCAAGGAGCCCUUCCACAAGAUGAAGCAGUUUCUGGCGGACGAACAGAACAUCCUCGCGCUGAGGAGCAUCCAGGGCCGGCAGAGAGAGAAUCCAGGCCAGAACCUGAGCAGGCUAUUUCAGGAAGUUCCGAAACGAAGAAAUGGGUCGGAAGGCAACAUCACCACCAGAAUCCGCGGCACCGAGGCCGGCUCGGACGAAGCUAUCAAAUCCAUCCUCGAACAAGCCAAAAGGGAGCUGCAGGUCCAGAAAUCCGCGGAGCCGGCCCAGCCCCCGUCCGCCUCCAACAGCGGCAACUCGGACGACGCCAUCCGCUCCAUCCUGCAGCAGGCCCGCCGGGAGAUGGAGGCCCAGCAGGCGGCCCUGGACCCCGCCUUCAAACCGUCGUCCUUGUCUCAGGCGGACAUUUCCCUGCUGACCCCCAAGCUCGUCGCCACGUCCCCGAUGUCCUCCGUGCCCGGGUACUCGCCCCUGGCCGCAUCCCUGAAGAAGCACCCGCCGGCGGCCGAGCCCGGCGUUUGCGUCCUGCAGGGCCUGGCGGGGCUCAGGAAGGAGCCUCAGGAGGCCCCGGAGCCGCUGGGGCCGGCCGAGGCCGGGCCGCGGCCCGUCAAGAGCGAGCUGGGCCGGGGGAGCCUCUGGAAAGACCACUGGUGGAGUGCGGGGCCGCCCGAGCGCCGGAACCCGGCCCCGCCCGAGGACGCCAAGGCGGACGAGCCCGGGCCCGGCGGCAAGGAGAAGGCCGGCGGCCAGAGCCGGCCGGACCGCGGCCCCCUCCCGCCGGGACCCUCCUCUUCCUCCUCCUCGGAGUACUGGAAGGAGUGGCCCAACGCCGAGUCCCCCUACUCGCAGGGGUCGGAGCUGAGCGUGACGGGGGCCAGCCGCAGCGAGACCCCCCAGAACAGCCCGCUUCCCUCCUCACCCAUCGUGCCCCUGUCCAAGCCGCCCAAGCCCUCGGUCCCGCCGCUCACGCCCGAGCAGUACGAGGUGUACAUGUACCAGGAGGUGGACACGAUAGAGCUGACGCGUCAGGUCAAGGAGAAGCUGGCCAAGAACGGCAUCUGCCAGCGGAUCUUCGGGGAAAAGGUUUUGGGCCUGUCACAGGGGAGCGUCAGCGACAUGCUGUCCAGGCCGAAGCCGUGGAGCAAACUGACCCAAAAAGGCCGAGAGCCGUUUAUCCGCAUGCAGCUGUGGCUUCACGGGGAGCUGGGCCAGUGCGUCCUUCCGCCGGUCCUGGGACAGCAGCCGGGACAAGUGCUCCACUCUGUGACUUCACUGCAGGACUCCCUUCAGCAGGGAUGUGUGAGUUCAGACAGCACCCCCAAGACUUCAGCCAGCUGCAGCCCCGCCCCGGCCUCCCCCAUGAGCUCCAGUGAGUCGGUCAAGAGCCUGACGGAGCUGGUGCAGCAGCCGUGCCCGCCCAUCGACGGCAGCAAGGAGGGCAAGGCGCAGGACGGCGACGGCGACGGGCAGCCCCCCACGCCGGUGCCCCUCUCCGGCCCCUCCGCGCUCAGCAUCCAGGAACUGGUGGCCAUGUCGCCCGAGCUGGACACCUACGGCAUCACCAAGAGGGUCAAGGAGGUGCUGACGGACAACAACCUCGGCCAGCGCCUGUUCGGGGAGACGAUCCUCGGCUUGACCCAAGGCUCCGUCUCGGACCUUCUGGCCCGGCCCAAGCCCUGGCACAAGCUGAGCCUGAAGGGGCGGGAGCCCUUUGUGCGCAUGCAGCUGUGGUUGAAUGACCCCAACAACGUGGAGAAGCUGAUGGACAUGAAGCGGAUGGAGAAGAAAGCCUACAUGAAGCGCCGGCAUAGCUCGGUCAGCGACGGUCAGCCCUGCGAGGCCUCCACGUUGGUCAUGGACUACAGCCAAGGGGCCAGCCCUCAGCCCCAGCACCAGCUGAAGAAGCCCCGCGUGGUGCUGGCCCCCGAGGAGAAGGAGGCCCUGAAACGAGCCUAUCAGCAAAAGCCAUACCCGUCCCCGAAAACCAUCGAAGAGCUGGCCACCCAGCUCAACCUGAAAACCAGCACGGUCAUCAACUGGUUUCACAACUACAGGUCCCGCAUCCGCCGGGAGCUGUUCAUCGAAGAGAUCCAGGCGGGAAGCCAGAGCCAGGCCGGGGCCAGCGACUCGCCGUCGGCCCGGAGCAGCCGGGCGGCCCACGGCUCCGAGGGAGACAGCUGCGACGGGGUGGACGCGGAGGGGCCGGCGGUGGACGGGAGGCGGGGCGCCCUGGAGGCGGACGAGUCCGGGCUGGCCGGCGCCAAGUCUCAGGGAGGGCCGGGAGAGCCGGCGGGCGAGAGGGGCCUGGACGACACCGACGACGAGGGGCGGCCCGGAGCCCCCCACCGGAGUCCCGGCCCGCCCGGCCCCGAAGAGGACGCCUCUACCUCAGCCGCCUUCGCUCCGGCCCGGCCCGGGGGCCGCCCCUACAAGGUGGCCGGGAGCGCGGCCGCAGCCCCCGGCGGGCCAAGCACCAGCGGCGCCCCGGGCCUGUUCAGCUUCUCCGAGGCCGCGGGCCCCAAGAACCCGCGCGACCUCACCUUACGGAAGAAGAAGGCCGCCAAUCUGAACAACAUCAUCCACCGCCUGGAGAAGGCCGCCAGCCGCGAGGAGCCCAUCGAAUGGGAGUUCUGAGGC